AGUGUGAAAUACGUUUGCAGGGCUUGGUACAUUUGUCAAAGCCAGCCUGGGCUCUUGGCUGCCAGCCCAACUUUGCUUUUAGUAAUCAAAGCAUGAUCGCAUAGUCCAUGCAGCCUCCGCUGUGAAAGCCUGCUGAUGUCUCUCCCGGCUAGCUCUCAUUUGGAAGAAGCCAAGUCUGCGUCGCUGACAUCCAAAAUGCACAGAGCUAGCAUGUCCUCCGACAUCAUGUUAAAAAAAAAAGAACAGAAGGAUGCAGAACUGGACAGGAAGAUUGAAGCUCUACGGAAAAAAAAUGAAGCUCUAAUGAAAAGAUACCAAGAGGUGGAAGAGGACAGGCGCAAAGCUGAACAGGAGGGCAUGGCUUUCCCUCCACGAAAGAAUAAAGCUGAGGACUUAACAAUAACAAUAAAGAAGUCUCCCAAUGAGAUGCGCAUUGUUACCGCAAAGCCGGCGACUGGAUUUCCUCCGCAAGACAUGAAGGACGAUAAAGAGCUCACUGGAAGGAGGAAAAAGCAGCAAGUUCUUGUGCAAAUGACUUAUAAAACAAGGAAUAAAAAAAUGCCAGGGACAGGCAUUUUGAAAAAUGUUAAUGGUGAAGAAGAGCACAGUGCACCUGAGAUAAAAGGAAAGCCAGUCCUUGUCACAAAGACAUUGAAUUAUAAGUCAAAGGAUGCAGCGAGACAAACACUGAAAAACCCAGCCAACUUGUUAGUGCCAACAUCCGGGCAAGAAGAAAUGGAGUAUAUUCGCUGGAAGCAAGAACGGGAAGAGAUUGACAGAGAAAGAGUAGCAAGACACAAGAAUGCCAGAGGUGAAUGGCGGAGAGCGUGGGAUCUAGACAAAACUGAAAACAUGUUUGAAGAGAAAGAUGUAGAAGAUGCCAACCUUGAAAACCUAACUAAAGGACGGAGUGCACGAAAAGCAAGUGUGCGAUUUUCUACUCCUAAAGGAAAAGGUGUCUCUCAGCAUUGUGAGGAUAAACGUUGUCGAACUGUGCCAACUGUGAGCAGUAAAGCUACAGGAAAAGACAGGUUAACUGGCAGAGCAAGAAGAUGGGAUUCUAGAACAGAAGAGGAGUUUUUGGAGAUAAAAGGAAGGCCUGACGUAUGUGAAGAGGAAAGCUCUGUUGAAUAUCCAGAAAUGUACAAAAAUCUCCAGGGCUACCACCUUGAUACUGAGUUUAAAAAUAAGAAAAAUCCUAAAGUAAAAUCUGCAAAGCUACUGAGAGUAACAGUCGCCAAUGAUACAACACUCAAAGACAGAUCAGUUGAGAUAGCAGAAGAUCCCAGAGAGAAAUCUUACCAAAAUGUAUCUUGCAGAGGCUCUGAGUCACCAGAUGUCCAUGUGUCCUCCGAGGAGCAGGAGUAUGUCAAAUGUGAUGAACAGGUAGAUUCCGAAGUGGAAACAGAGAAGACAUUUUUACAUGAAACUCAUGCCAGUCUUCGCCAAAAUGAUGAUGUAUGGGACUUGCCAAGUGUUGAAUCACAAAGCAAAGCUGAUGAUUUAAAUGGUACUGAUGAAAUGGUGGACCUACAGACUGAGACAGACCCUGUUAUAGAUAGCAGUGCUACUCAUCUAGCACACUGUCUUCCUCAGCAGAAUGAGGUCACACUUGAGCACAAGUGCAAAAAUGAUCCUGUCAAUAUCGCAGAGACAAAUCAAGCAGAAAUCAAGACUUGUGACUUAAAAGAAGAUCUGAUGGAGCAGAGCCCAGUCUUGAGCCAUCCAGAAGAGCUGUCAGCUGAGGAAGGCAAGAUGAACAAGGAUCUGAAACUUUCAGAAGAGAUUAUUGAUUCAAGUUGCUCCUUGAUCAAGCCUGACUCUGGAGAUGCAUGAAUUGCCUUUCACACCUGCGGUGUCAAGUAUCUUGACCGGGGGAGUCUCUUUGGUUAAUCUUGAAUCAUCUGGGAAACCAUAAGGAAAGAUCAAGUCGUAAGCAACGAAAUGAAAAGAAAAGAAAAGAAAAAGAAGGAAAACAUUUUAUACAAAUCACCACAGAAGACUGUUGCUUUUGUAGGGUUUGUUUGUUUUUGGCAAAAAUCACCUGAAAUGCAAGCACUUUAUUUUAUAUUGUUUAGAGUUUUUUAUUUUUAUUUUAAUAUAUUCUUUCAACAGCACUACUGCAGCAAGGAGUUUCUGUAUUUUAGAAAUGUUUUAAUGUUCUUAUUAACAAUAUCUGUUUGUUAAAAAGGGGAGAAUGAAAAUAAGAGCAUAUUUUGAUUAAGAAUUAUGUGCACACGCUCCAAAUCAAAACUGCUGUACGUAAUCAGAGCCUUGGUACUUUGCAGUAGAGUUUUACAAAUAGAAGAAACCAAAAGUCACACAAUGCUGGCUUACAGCUACUUUAAAAUGAUUUAGUUAAUAUAUUUUCCUUAGAAAAAUAUACAGGGUGUUGCCAGAAAUAAAAUGUUUCUUCUUUUUAGGAAUGAUUGUCAUCCACUGUAGUUGCCAUUCCAUUCACUACAUAGAGAAGCACAUACAGUGAGGUCCAUAAAUAUUUGGACAGAGACAACUUUUUUCUAAUUAUGGUUCUGUCCAUCACCACAAUG